AGUAGGUUUUCAUCUUUUAAUAUUUCACUUUUUUGAAGUUACUCAAGGGGUCAUUAUCUUAGAUAAAUAGCCAUUUUGACUAUUCGUCUCGGAAUUGAACACUAUUCCCGAGUCUCAAUAUGUCAUGUCGUCAGCAGACUAUAGUAUUGAUGAGUACAUUCUUGUCUGGAACGAAUCCACUUUCAUUCAUGCUGUUGGUAGCAUUCCAAGGUUCAUGGCUACAGCGGUUGAUCUAGGACGGGAAUUGGUAAGGCGAAAAAUCAGGCUUACCUACGGAGGAGGCAAUGUUGGCCUUCAAGGAGCUGUAGCUUCAGCAGUCUAUAAUAAUGGUGGUAGAGUCAGAGGUUUCAUACCAGGGUAUAUAGCAACACGAGGGGUCUAUGGACCAACAUAUGGCGCAGAGUACACCGUCUCCAGCAAUUACUAUAAGUAUUUCGAGAUGAAUCAUAUUGUGGAAACCUUCAUUGUACUUCCUGGAGGAAUUGACACUAUGGAGGGUUUAUUCACUUUGAUCUCAUGGGCAUCCGAAGGGUUACACAGUAAACCCAUUGGUCUUUUGAACAUUGACGGUUAUUUCAAUAACCUAAUCAAGUUUCUAGAUGAUGCGGUGAGGCAGAACUUCAUGGCUUUGAAUAAGAGGAAACUGUUCAUUUCUUCUUUCUUUGUUGAUGAGCUUUUGAACAAACUAGAGUUUGUUAAUGCUUUCCCGGGUCCUGGUGCCAGUUAUGAAGAGUUUGCAAAUCCUGGAAGAUUAGACUUAGAGUUGCAUCUGUAAUAUUUCCAAGUUGAAAUAAUAUUGUCCAUACUCUAGAUCGCAACCCAUUUAAAAAUAUUUUCAGAGUAAUGCGGAAGUACAAUAAUAAUCAAAUCAUGACACAUUUUAAAAUCUGAUGAUCAAACAUUUGCCUGCCAUCCUUGCAUCUCCUCUGACUCAAUGCCCUCCGGGAAUGGUUCCAUCAUUGUCUUCUUGUUACCUACGUGUAGUCAACGAAAAAUACAAACUACACGCUCAGCGAAACCGCUGAGUGGUACCACGCUAGAAUUGUAGAAUGAUU